AUGGGGCUGAGUUUCACAAAGCUGUUCGGUAGUUUUUUUCCUAAGCAGGAGAUACGAAUUGUGAUGAUGGGACUGGAUGCAGCCGGUAAAACCACCAUUUUGUACAAGCUUAAGCUUGGACAGGUCGUCUCUACCGUCGUUACCGUCGGAUUUAAUGUGGAGAUGGUGGAAUACAUGAACAUCAACUUCUCUGUUAUGGAUGUUGGUGGUCAAGGCAAGACCCGCCCUUUAUGGAGGCACUAUUUCCAAAAUGCUCGGUGCCUUAUUUUUGUCAUAGAUAGCAAUGACAGGGAUAGAGUUGAUGAUGCAAGGAAUGAAUUACAACUGAUGUUGCAAGAGGAUGAAUUAAGAGAUGCUUUAUUGCUAGUAUUUGCCAACAAACAAGAUCUUCCAAAUGCAAUGAAUACCGCAGAAAUAACUAACAAGCUUGGUCUUCACUCUCUUGGCCAGCGAAGAUGGUAA